UGCGCCCGCGCCCUGCAGAAGCGCUCCAGGCGGCUCGCAGGACCAGCGUUGGCUGGAGUGUGGCGCCUUGGCCAAGCCAUGAGGCAGCUGGGCAUCCCGCUGGGAGACAUACACGACUUCUCUACGCAAGAAGUCCAGCAGCUGCUCCACAACAAAUUUGUGGUGAUCAUGGGUGACUCCAAUUCCCGAUCCAUCUAUAAGGACCUCAUCUACUUCCUGCAGACGGAUGAGAAACUGACCCUUUCCCAGCUGAAGGGCAAGGGCGAGGAGUCGUUUGCCAACGACUGCCGCGUGGAGUUCAGGGGGCUGAAAAACGGCCCCAGCUACCGCGAGGCCCGCCAGUACCGCACCAGCCACCACCUCGUGCGCUUCUACUUCAUCACCCGCGUCUACUCGGCCUAUGUGGAGAGCAUCCUGAGCGACUUCAAGAAGGGGCUGGAGAGCGGGCUGGCCCCCGACGUCAUCGUCAUGAGUUCCUGCCUCUGGGACCUCAACGUGUACCAGGAUAAGUACCCCAAGGAGCCUCCGAUCCCGAAGGCCCUCAGAGAAUAUCGGGAGAACCUGGAGAAGCUCUUUGCAAGGCUGGAUGAGCUCCUGCCCUCGAGCUGCCUCAUCAUCUGGGCCACGGCCAUGCCCAUAAGAGAGACCACCUCCGGAAGCUGCUUCAGGCAGAGUCAGUACAAGUCGACGUCCCAGGACGUGAUCGAGGCCAACUUCUACAGCGCCACCCUGGCCUGUUGCUUCGGGUUCGAUGUCCUGGACCUGCAUUACUGCCUGCGCCUCCUGGAGGAGCUCCAUGCCAGGGAUGGGGUGCACUGGAACUACUGGGCGCACCGGUGCAUCUCCAAACUGCUGCUGACCCACGUGGCAGGCGCCUGGGGAGUCGAGCUCCCCAAGAGGACGCCCCAAGCGGGAAUAGAUUGGAGUGGAAGUGCAGAAAGCCACGACUUCUGUUCGGAGAGCGCGCUGCCACAGGUGCCCCUGGGCCAGCUCCACUGCAGCGGCCCCCUGCCCGCCCAGCCAGGCAAUGGCUACUUCGGCGACCCCCUGGACGACUCGAAGGCCUGUUGGGAGACCCCAGCUGAUUUCCCACACAAUGCGAGCUACAGGAGCAGCCCCAUGGACAGAUCCAGUUAUGAAUGGUGCCCUCUGCCCCUGGCUGGCCUGCUCCUUCCGAGCAACAGCGCUGCUUUCUCGGACAAUGCCCACUUGGUCCGUCAGCCUGAAGGCUGCUGGGGCCCCCCGGCCUACCCCGGGCAGCCAGCCAGUUUCCAUUUUGAUGCUGACUUGGGGGCUGGCCCCGUGGAUGGAGGGGACGGUGAGUCCCUGACCCUGCCUCGCCCCGCCCAUGUCCAGCCUGGCUACGCCUCGUAUUUCCCGGACGAUCGCAACUUUGCCAACGAACCCACGGGUGGAUCCGAAAACCACCACAGGCCCCUGCUGUACGCUGGCCUCCCGAACCCCGGCCCUGGCCUUUACCUCCCCUUCGAUGCCGCCGCCGCCACCGCCACCAGGCCCGAGGGUGGGGGGGGACACGGGCAGCGGCCCUGGCCCAGCCCCGGCUGGCUUCCUCCCCUCGGGGCUCCACACAGCCACACUCAUGCGGACGGCAGCCGGGGGCCCUGGAGCAGCUUCGGAGAGGAGCAGGGACCUCUGCCCCCUGGUGCAGAAAGCUUUCGGAAUGGCCUCCCUGGUCCUGGGCCCCGCGCGGGAGGCGCUCCCUGGCCCGCCCCACAAAGGCCACGCCGCUCACACGGAAAGGGCCGGGCCGGCCGCCGCAACAGGUUCCUCGUGCGCUGCCAGCCCCCCCACAGCCUGGACCACCGGGCUCACCCCUACGCCCGGCCCCAGGAGGGCCCCAGAGCCCCUCGGCGGCGGGGGAGCGCCAGGCCUUCCCGGCGGCCACAGCGGCCUUGAGGUUCCUUCUCCCGUGAUUGCGGAGGACUGACUGGUUUCGCUGCCAUCGCGGGCCCGGACACAGGUGGCAGAAGGACGGCGGAUGCCACGCCCGGUCUCCUGUGGGAGCCACACGGAGCCUCUGGACUUGGGCCCUGGCACUGUGGAUUCUUUGGGGGGCUCGAUUCUUUGUCCCCCACUAUUAGUCAACUCCCCACUUGAAGCCACCCGUCCUCCCCCGUGAGGUCGGAAAAGCCGCGCUGAAUGUCGGCACGGUCCGAGGCCCACCGGUGGCUUCCCUUUUGGCCAGGAAGCGGCACUGUUGCGGGUUUGCCCCAAAUCGGCUGGGCUCCCGUGCCCAGCGCCCCCUUGGCUUUGCAUGUGGCACGAACCUUCCUCGCCACUUCUGUUUCCUGGGGAGACCGGCUGGGAUGCGCUCCCGCUUGGGGCACAGCAGAGAUGGAGUCGAAGACGGAGGCGGCUGAGCAGAAGGAGGGCUGACCGUCCCUCCAGGUCGGUCCACCUGCCGGUUGCGCCCCAGAAAAGAUGCAGCGGCUGUCAGGGUACCUCAGGAGCCCUUCUCAAGGGGUGAGCCCCCUGCAGGGCUCCGUCCACCUGGGUUCAGGCUGGCACCUCUGUCCAUGGAUGGAUCAACACAGCAAGUGCCCCCACCUUUCCUGCGCCAUUAUGGCUGGAUCGGUGGUGCUUACGGCGCAGGGGCUUCGCCUUUGAAUCUUCUGCCUAGGCGGGCAGAAGGGGACAGCGGUGGUUCACCAGGCUGUGGGCCAGCUCGGGCCCUCCCAGUGGGCCGCCCUGGUUCACGUGCGUGGCUGGAGCGGCUCUGGGCGAACGUCUUUGAACGAGGCUUCUGCAGCUGAAGUUCGUCUUCAUUCUGCAGAUGAACUGGCAGGCCCGAUCUUGUGCACUGGCUUGGGAGGCGAGUCUUCGCAGCCAGAAGGGCGGGUUUCCUUCCUUUCCUUGGACACCGUAGCGCAGAAGGAGGGUCUCUGUGUUGCUUUCCCAGAAUAAA